AUGUCCGUGGCAGAGCACUGGUGCAAGUGCAACAGUGAGAUGUACGAGAGCCAAGUCCACACGCCCGCGUCCAACUGCAGCGCAGGCACUCUGGUCUCUUGCGGCACGCGAGGUUCUGCACGGCAGCCCGCGCCUGAUGAUUUCGAGGUGCAGUUGACGAGGCGACUUGAGUUGUAUUGCGACGAGGCCGCGAACCCGCUCCGUCGAGACGACGCAGCCCAGGUCGCCGAGAAGGUUUCGAAUUGGAGGCGCGGCAUCACCGAUUUGCUCUUUCCAAAGAAGAGUGCCACGCCAGAUCCGCAGAGCGAUGACACACAGGAGGAGACGGAGCGGGAUACGAGCGAGGAGGAAUAUGACAGUCGCUGCACUGACGAAACGAGCGAAGAUGACACUUAUGGUAACUCAUAUGGUCACCAAAAUGGCGCGCAGCGGGCCGCUGGUAAUCGAAUGGAGCUGGGAAAAUGGAGUUGGGACCAUGGAAAUGCUCCUCAGACAAAUGAGCAAGCAAAGGCUCCCGUUUCUUUCGGCCAAGUGCGUCACUUUUGA